CCAAAAGUAUGUAAUGGGGAUGGACUUUUGGGUCAUGGGCCGGUUUUAGUAACUACCCAAAAUCGACCGUCCAAUGAUCAUCCUUUCCCUUCUUGGCCUUAUCCCCUCUCUUCCUCUCUGGUAUUGUCUCCGAUGGAGUCUCUUUCCAUGAUCCUCUCCUGCUCUCCACCACUGCAAAACCACCUCAAAACCCAGAAACCAGUCACCUCAGGGCCAAUCUCUCUUCCCCAAAACUCCACCUCUAUCUCCAUUGUUGCUUCUCAACCAUUCAAUUCUUUUCCCUCCACCAAAAACAACCUUCAGUCUCAAUCCUCAAAAUCUGUCCAAAACCCAUCUUUGAUUCUCAAAACCUCUCCUUUUUCACAAGGCUUAACAAGAAACCGGCUUUAUUUUCUUCUCACCGAGCUCAUUACAACUACUGCAUUCACUCUUCCUGGUUUUGCUUCUGAAGCUGCAGUCUCCUCGACUGAGCAAGUUUCUGACAGAAUAAACUUGGAAGCAAUCUUAGUCUCCAUUGAUGACUUUUUCAAUCGAAACCCUUUUUUUGUUGCUGGCUGUACAUUCGUUUGGCUGGUUGUUAUACCUCUGGUUCAAGAGUAUUUGAGAAAAUAUAAGUUUGUUCUCGUCAUUGAUGCAUUUCGGAAACUCCGAGACGACCCAAAUGUUCAGCUUUUGGAUAUUAGGGAUGAGAAGAGUUUGAAGUAUCUGAAGUCUCCAAAUUUGAAGAUUCUGAAUAAGGCUACGGUGCAGGUUCCGUUUUCUGAGGAUGAUGAAGAUGGGUUUGUGAAAAAGGUUUUGGAGAGGUUUGGGAACCCAGCAGACACUGCCCUCUGUGUUCUGGGCAAUUUUGAUGGAAUUUCCAUCAAAGUGGCUGAGUUACUGUUCAAGAAUGGUUUCAAAGAGGCUUAUGCAAUCAAGGGUGGGGUUGGAGGCACAAAAGGGUGGUUGGAAUCACAAGAAACUCUUUUGCCACCAUCUAUGCAUAUCUACCCCAAGAAGAAGGUUGAAACUUCACAAAAAACUGGGAUGAAUGGAGGAGUUGUUCGGGGCAAUGAAGACAGUAAUGGUGCUGCCUCUGCUGGAAGUUUUUCCAUAGGAGAAAGUCAAAGGACGGACAAUGGACGCACGGCGAAGUCUACAGACUCCGUGUCACAUGUGAAAAAUGGUUUUAGAUCAUCCUCUCCCUACCCAAGUUACCCAGAUUUGAAGCCACCAUCUUCCCCAACUCCAUCGAAGCCCUGAAAUCGAUAACAUGAAGCCGCGUCUCCUGUUGGGUGAAGCAAAUUUUUUUAACAAGUUUUGCCAAUCAUUAGUUCUAUAUCUAUCAGAUAAGGAGAGGGUAUUGAGAAAUAAGUUCUGUUGUAUCCCUUAGUUGCCAGUAAAUUGUUAGUUCUGAUUUUCCAUAUCAGCUGUAUAUUUGAUUUUGUCAUGAAUGUAACCUGUGUACUAAAAUUGUGAUUAUUCAAGUGGAAUUGUGUUCAGAAACAAAAA